AUCUGUCUCCUGGCCUCCACAUUAGAGUUCGAGAACCGGACGGACUGCUGGGUGACCGGCUGGGGGAACAUCGAAGAGGAUAAGCGAAGUGCAAGUUGCCAUCAUAAACGCCUCCAUGUGCAACCAUCUGUUCCAACGAACCGAUUUCCGCAUGGACGUCUGGGGAGACAUGGUUUGCGCUGGUUAUCCCGAAGGCGGCAAGGAUGCCUGCCAAGGUGACUCAGGUGGACCCUUGGUCUGCGACAAGGAGGGGCUGUGGUAUCAGGUUGGAAUCGUGAGCUGGGGAGUAGGCUGUGGUCGGCCCAACCGGCCUGGUGUCUACACCAACGUCAGCCAGCACUUCAGAUGGAUCCUGAGGGUGAUGACCCACGGUGGCAUGCCCAGGCCAGACCCCUCCCUGCCGCUGCUCCUCACGCUGCUCUGGGCUCCCCGACUCCUGCAGCUUGAGGCUUGAGUGUCCUGCGCCCGUGAGGAUCGAGUCACCUGCGGAGCCAGGCUCUGGUCUCUCCUGUCCUGGGUGCUAAUAAACACA